AUGAUUGGCGUGCCAUCGGGCAGCGUGGGCGUAGGGGCGUUGGUGGAGCGGGACGCCAUCGCCGUGGAAACCGUGCAGCACGCCAAACGAGACAGUGAUGGGCGCAGGCGUGGGGUCGAAGGGAUGCGUGUGCACGACGCCGAGGGAACAAGUGAGGGGUUGAGGCGGACGAGCGGGAGCUGGAGAGUCACGAAGUUAAUUAAGUGGUCGCCCUUCGUCCCCUCGCCCUCGCCUCGACACCAUGCACACCCACCACCCACUUCCUUCGCCUUCGUCCUCCCAUCCUCCCGGCCCGAUGCACACGCGUUCACUCGGCCACAACAACCCCUUCGACUGCUCCCUCACGCGCCCCUGCCGCCGCCGCACCCGUGCUUUGCCCUUGCGCACAGCGUGUCGCAAUCGUCACGCUACCCGUGCUUCAGCGCGUCGACGGCGAUGGUGAGGAGCGUUGUCAAUGAGAAGAGAAGCCCUCCCCCAGCCCUAGUCCUGCCCCUCCCUGUCCGGCCCUGCCUGUCCCGCGCACCUGCGCACACCCGGAAGCGGCUCCUCACGCCGCGUCUCUUCCCCUGCUCUCUCCUAGGAGGCGAGGACACGACCACGCUCUCCGGUACCCUACCGCCCGACGCCUUCUUCUCCGGGCACGCCCAUUCGACGCUGCGCACCGCCGCGCACGCAUCGCACGAGCACACCCUGUCCUCUGCCUCCGGCUACGCGCACCACCAUGUGGCCGGCGCUGCCAAGAGCACCACCUCGCCCGCGAAGCAGCGCUACGUCGCGGACGCGCACGGCCUCGAGAUCGUCAAGAAGAUCCGGCAGGGCGAGGUCGAGCUGCGCGAUCGCACCAUCGUCCUGUGCGACAUCAAAGUCAACGUCCGUCCAGCUCGCUUUGCGAAGCUGAGGGCCAUCAAGGACGCGAAGAAGCCAGGCAAAGCCCCCAGCGCGAUCCCCGCUGUCUCAGGUUUAAAACGCCUCCGCGGCCGACAUCGUGGCGGCGCAGGGGAAAGAGGCGGCGGUGAGCGGGGGCGUAGGCGUGGACGAGGACAGAGACGGGGUCGGGAAGGGAAAGGUUAG